CUGGGCUGAAGAAAUACGCCUGAAUAAUAAUAAUAAUAAUAAUAAUCCACGCCCAGAUGGAACCCUAAUUAGGGAGGGUCGUUCUCUGCUGCUGCUGUCAAUCUUGAUUCCGUGCACGCGGCGGGAACGAUUCGAAUGUUCAUACGCUCAUAGUGUUGAUGAAACAUUGGAGAUCAGGGGGACAGAGCAUGGAUCGAAUGUAUCGGUUCUAUCACAAACCAAACAUUAUAUAUGUUCUAAGCAUUCAUUGCAUAUAUUUGUCUUUGGCAAGCUUUUCUAACAAUAUUCCCAGUUUACGACAACAUCCAGUAAGUUUAUUUUCUUUUUUGGUUUUUCUUGCCCCUAACUAUGCUUGCAAUCUCAAGAAAUAAAAUAUAUGGAGGUAUACAAGUGUGUGUAUAAAUACAUGAUAAUACAUUUUUGUGAAUGUUGUGAAUGAAAAGAUGCAGCCACUGAGUAGAUGUGAGCGGAGUACCUUUGUUUUUAUAAUUCUUUUUGGGUUUCAUGUGAUUAUGGAGUGUAUUGUUCGAUAAUUUGUUAACACAACUAACUUGAUUUCCAAAAUUUUACCAUGUAUGGUAUGUAACAUUGAAUUUCAUAUGGCAUCGUUCUUGAUGAUAAUAAGUGAGAGACAACCCGACAUCCUGAAAAAGCUUAGUAGCUAAACAUACAGGAUUUUCAAUUACGUAAAUCGCAUUUUGGUAAAAGUCCUUCUUUGCCCAGGUGUAUCUUAAGAGGAUUGUUAAUUCCCAAGGCAAUUUUACCACAUGACAACGGAAGUUUGCUCUAAGAAUUCAUUUUAGUUAGUCAUCAACUAACGAGUUCACAUUGUUAUGGUGUGAGUUAGUCCCACAUCGGAUUUGAAACAAAUUCUUUUUCCUUUGGUUGAGUUUAAAUGCAGAGGUGGCAUAGUCCCACAUCGGAUUUGCAACAGAUUCUUUUUCCUUUAAUUGGAUAUAAAUGCAGAGGUGGCAUGUCCCACAUCGACUUCUUAACAAACGCGUUUCUCCUUAGUUGGCUAUAAAUACGGCAGGUGCUGAUAAACUUAAGCAUAUAAGAUCAAGAGAGCUAUCGUGGCCUGGAUGCGCGUUUGGGCAAUUAUAGAGAGGAUGCACUAUGAUGUUGUUUAUAUACGCAAUGAGAGAGCAUUCGGAGAACAUAAAAUUUCGGAGAUUAUGGAUGACGCCGUGCACAUUAAUUUGACAUUAAUCAUGCCUUUUGAAAAAAAAGUAAUUCUCGAGAGUGCAUCGAUUAUAGAUCUAUUAUGUGCAUUUUACGCGUAUUCAUAUCUUUGGCAAGCUUUUCUAAACACAAUCCUGGACGACAGCAAGUGGUCACCUCUAUCUUUGGCAAGCCUUUCUAACAAGGGUUUCUUGGCCCGCCAAAGUGUGACCAUAGAUCGACCCAUUUCGAAAGUACUUGUUUGAUCUUAGUAUGACCACUGCUCUGCUGCUGGCUGUUUCGUCCGGGCAGGCCACCAUAAGAGAGUGUUUGUAGCAGUUAUGGUGCGACAUAGUUGCCAGAUUGAGACUGGCAACGAUGUUAAAAUGACGGAGGCGGAGACAUCAUCUAAGUUGCCGCUCCAAUAUAUGGUUGGCUAUAUAUAUAAAUAUAUUUAUAUUUAUUAAGGUUUAUCGGAAAUUGGUGAUGUUGGGUGUAGAUAAACUCACCCUGAGUUUGUAAACACAAGUUUCUUUAGAAUUAUGGAUGUAUGUAUGGUCGAUGUAAUUCUAUUUUACUUACAAUAAAAUCCCCGGCAUUUGCACGGGAACUUUCCACGUUAA